GGCAUCGGUGCUGCUACUGCCGCCGCUUUGGCCGAGGCGGGUCUGAGGGUCGUCGCUGUCGACAUAUCCAAUGAGAACGCUAUCACCGAUUACCUGAGUCUGCUGUUGAAGCCCGAAGCCCUGAAGAACGUGAUCCCGAAGCAGGUGGACGUGACGGACCACAAGCGGCUCGAGGAGCUGUUCUGCUGGAUUGACAAGUUCGGGGGCAUGAGCGUCCUCGUCAGCUGUGCUGGGGUCAUGUUCCCUGGCCAGGUCACUGACGUGGGCAAAGACGUCGUGAGCGCGGAAAAGCUGAUCCGAACGCUGGACGUGAACACCAAAGGGGUGAUCCUGUGCUCUAAGUUCGCUGUCGCCUCCAUGAAGAAGCGGGGCACCGACGGUCACAUCGUCAACAUUAACAGCUUAGCGGGCCACUACGUGCCUUUCAACUCGCAUAUGAACGUGUACUCUGCCUCUAAACACGCCAUCACCGCUUUCAACGGUCUCCUCAGCCACGAGCUAGCAGACUUCAAUAGCAAGAUCAAGCUUACGAGCAUCUCACCCGGUAACACGAUGACCGAGCUUGCGAGCAAGUCGCUCGAAUAUGUCAGUAAGGAAUCUAACGAAGUGGCGCUUCAACCCAGCGACGUCGCCGGCGCAGUGCUGUAUGCGCUCUCUACACCGCCUAACGUUAAUAUCAACGAAUUAACCAUCACCUCGGUAGGAGAGAAGCGGCUAUAAAAACACUAUCAUCGGGCACGCACUAUGCAUACUAAGCGAAUAUACUCGUAGCA